AUGUCGCUCUACUACGAGGCGGCCGCCCUCCUUGCAAACUCCGACAAGACAGGUGGGUCCUUGAAGUCCAGGAUCUACAGGAAGAAGGAUCUGAAAAGCCCGCCUGCUCAGAUCGUUGCUCUCAUCACCGAAUCCUCAAAGUGGUCGGCGGUGCUGAAAGAUGUUAUCGAGAAGAGUGGAUUGCUGGCCGAGGAGAAGAAGUUGACUCCAACGCUCGCUCUUCUCCUGACACACGAUCUUCUCAUCUCGAAGAGAGGAGUUGCAGCGCCCGCCGGCCAUGUCCUCAAGCUCGCGAUCAACCGUCACAAGGCACGUUUGAGUGCCGAACUUACAAAAGCGCGUGUAAAGGCGGGUCACGCCACGUUAGAAGCGUUUCGAGAAGCAUUGAACAAUGGGCGAGGAGCCGGGGGCCUUCAACACCCUCGGUGGGUUCGGAUAAACACGCUCAAGACAAACUUGGAGAAGGAACUCUCGUCCACAUUCGCUGGCUAUGAGAAAACUACAGAUCUUCGUCAAGUCAUGUCUGUGCCGCCUCCAACGAAGCUGUAUUUUCUGGAUCCUCACAUCCCGAAUCUACUUGCACUUCCGCCGCGGAUCGAUCUUAGCAGAACCACAGCGUAUACGAGCGGUCGCAUCAUUUUCCAGGAUAAGGCAUCAUGCUUUCCGGCCUAUUUGCUCGACCCUAAGCCUGAAGAUGGAGAUGUGGUCGACGGUUGUGCUGCUCCUGGGAACAAGACUACACAUCUGGCCGCCAUCCUGGUUGAACGAGCAGCUCAAGAGGGGGCAGUGGGCUCGCAUCUCGAUGUGAUAGCCUUUGAGCGGGACAGACUUCGGACGAAGACUCUGGAAAAGAUGAUCAAGCUUGCUUCCGCGGACAAAGUGGUCUCUAUAAAAGGUGCAUCUGAUUUCCUAAAUGCAAAUCCGAACGCUCAGGAAUUCGAAAACGUCGGAGCCAUCCUCCUGGACCCGAGCUGCUCUGGGACGGGUAUCGUUGGUCGGGACGAUGCUCUAACAAUCCAUCUACCUGAAAUGAACCCAACCGCCAAUGGCAACACUAAGUCCGCUCAUGGCAAGAAACGUAAACGGGAUGGAGAAGAGAAGGCAGCUGCCCAAUCCAGCGUGCCGUUACAGUUGGAACUAGAUGACUCGGUCGAAGAGGAGAGCCCGGCGGAGGACCAGCUGACCGAGAGACUCACUGCCCUUGCGACCUUUCAACUACGUAUACUCACCCAUGCUAUGAAAUUCCCAAAUGCUCGCAAGAUUACUUACUCUACCUGCUCUAUUCAUUUCGAGGAAAAUGAAGAUGUUGUCUUCCAGGCUCUGAGUUCGCCCAUAGCCAAGCAACAUGGCUGGAGAAUUCUUCAGCGGGAAGAACAAGUGAGUGGGAUGAAGGAUUGGCCGAGGAGAGGCGUUUUUAACGUGGAGAACUCAGAUAUCACAGCUGAAUUCACCCCUGAUGAACGAAAGGACGUCCUUGAGGCCUGCAUCCGCUGCGAUAAGGCAACCGAGGAUGGUACAAUGGGCUUUUUUGUUGCCGCGUUUUCCCGGGAUAAGGAUGCAAUACAAAAACCGUCUGAGAAGCACGACAGCGUCCCAGGUGGAGACAGCGACGAGGAAUGGAAUGGCUUCAGUGACGGUGACGAGGCCUCUACCCGAUCCGAUAACUCAGAAAACCAGGAGUCAGAGGCAUCAAAUCCGAAGAAAAAGAACAAGCGAGAGAAAUGAACAUGUUCUUCUUGAGGCUGAAUUUUCCCACCCCUCAUCGAAUAGAUGGUCGUUUCUUGUGGUUAGUCGGUGACCUCUCCGAUCGGUGCUCUACGGCAAUUGCAGGUCCAUCAUUCACCACACUCGGACGGCAAAAGAGCAUCGUUCGGCGGGGCUUUCUAACUGAGUAGUGCAAACCCGUUGAUCUUCCUAGUGCCCAUAGUAAUAUGGCGUCAGAUGCGAGUCUGUUUGGUGGAUCUCAGCGGGUGACAUCAUGUUGAUGUCAAAUCAUCUGAUUGCAUAUAUGAGCGCCUGAGAGCCGCA